CGAUAAAAAAUGAAGUUAACCAAAUUGUUACUAAGUAUUAAGCAAACCUACCAAACAAGAAAUUUUAGUCAAUUUCCAAAGAGAAGAGUAGUUGUUACUGGAUUAGGAGUAGUAAGCCCGCUUGGCACAGGUACUAAAUUUGCAUGGAACAACCUUUUGAAAGGUCGUUGUGGAAUAGUUGCUCUAGAAAGUGAGGAGUAUUCUAGAUUACCAUGCAGAGUAGCUGGAGUAAUACCCAUACAAGAAGACAAUGAAGUAGGUAAAGCAUUAUCCAGAGCAAACCUAAAAUCAAUGGCACCUGCAACAUGUCUGGCUUUACUAGCAACCUCAGAAGCAUUAUCAGAUGCAAAAUGGUGUCCUGACAGUGAUGUUGACAAAGAGAAUACAGGUGUAGCAUUAGGCAUGGGAAUGAUUGAUCUUAAAGAUGUUUGUGAUACAAAUGAAGCACUAAAACUAGGGUACAAUAAAGUUAGUCCAUUUUUUGUUCCAAGAAUAUUACCAAAUAUGGCUGCUGGACAUAUAAGUAUCAAAUAUGGUUUCCGGGGUCCUAAUCAUUCUGUUUCAACAGCAUGUGCAACUGGUGCUCACUCUGUUGGUGAUGCAUUUCGAUUUAUUAGGAAUGGUGAUGCUAAUGUUAUGGUGUGUGGUGGAGCAGAAUCCUGUAUAAGUCCUCUUGCCAUAGCAGGCUUCUGUCGUUUGAGGGCCUUAAGUACAUCAUUUAAUAAUGAACCAACAAAAUCAUCAAGGCCAUUUGAUAAGAAACGAGAUGGUUUUGUUAUGGGAGAAGGAGCAGCUGUUUUAAUUUUAGAAGAAUAUGAACAUGCUCUUCAAAGAAAUGCCAAAAUGUAUGCUGAAAUUUUAGGAUAUGGUUUAUCUGGAGAUGCUUCUCAUAUAACCACUCCAAGAGAAGAUGGUAGUGGAGCUGUUUUAUCAAUGACCAGAGCAAUAAGAGACAGUAAUAUUAGAAAUGAUCAAAUCACCUACAUCAAUGCUCAUGCUACAUCUACACCUAUUGGAGAUGGGAUUGAGUCAACUGCAAUAAAGGCUCUAUUUAAAGAACAUAGUUUAAAAAUAAAUAUAUCAUCCACAAAAGGUGCUCAUGGCCAUUUACUGGGUGCUGCUGGCAAUUUGGAAGCUGUUUUUACUAUCUUGGCAUGUUAUUAUGGGAUAUUACCACCUACAUUGAAUUUAGAUGAUCCUGUGGAUGAUUUGUAUUAUGUACUUGAAUCAAAAAAAUGGCUGGCUGAUAAAAGAAUUGCUUUGAAGAAUUCAUUUGGAUUUGGUGGUACAAAUGCAUCACUUUGUAUCGCACAAAUCAGUUGAUUAAGAGUAGGUUUGCUAUAAUUUGGUAUCAACAAAUUUUAUGACAUGGCCUAUUUAUUGUGGCCCCAGUAAUUUAAUAUAGGUGAAUUAAUAAUAUAUAAAUAUUAAUAUGUUUAAAAGGUGAAAACAAAUAUAAUUUGUGUUAAAAUAGAAUGGGCACAGGAAAUAAAAUAAUAAUUUGUCAAACAUUUUGUCAACUUUGACUUACUACCACAUGUUUUUACAGUAAAUACGAAAGGAGUAGCUGCUACCUUGAAUGGUCUAUUUACUUGGAAUAUUUGCUCCUUUGAAAUAAACUAUCUAAAAAUCUAUCUAAAGAGAGUGAAGUACUUGAGGAGAGAAUCAUGUCAGUUCUUAAUUCUAGCUACUUUCAGAACUAAAUGUAGAUUUGACUUACCAUAAGUGUCUGUAACAGACCUACAAACAUAUAUACAUAGAGUACAAACAAUAUUCAAUUUCUACUCUUUUGUAUAUAUCUCAGCUUGCUUCGUAAGCUGUUUUGGUUAUAGAGUGCCAAUAUAGGUAGUGAAAUUACAGAAUAAGAGAUGAUGUUUUAAUCCUCAAGAAUGGCAAAACUGCUGUGGUAGUCAGAUGAUUAUAUUGUCUGUAGUGUUGUUUUUGUAUAUAGACGA